AUGGAGGUAGAUGAACUUGCUAACAGAUGGGAGAGACUACAGCUCUCAAAAGAGGAAAGUUCUUUCUUUCAUGUUAAACCAGAAGAAGAUAUGGAGGGAGGGAGGCGUGGAAAGCAUAGUAUCAUUGGAAGAGCUCUAACUGAAAAGUUAGUCAAUAGUGAAGGCUUUAGAGUAACUAUGUCCCAAAUCUGGAGGCUAAAAGGAUGGGUAAGGUUCAAGGAGUUGGGUGACCAAUGCUUUUUGAUUGAGUUUCAAUGCAUAACAGAUAAAGAAAAGGUUUUGAGUGGGAGGCCAUGGUUCUAUGACCGAAGCUUACUGAUCAUACUGGAGGUUGACGAAUCUGUCUCGAUUAAUGCUCUACGGUUUGAAUUCAAACCAUUCUGGGUGCAACUACAUAACUUGCCACUUGCAGCAAUGACUGAAGAUUUCGGGACCCAAUUUGCAUCAUCAGUGGGUCAUGUGAUCAGAGUGGAAUCAGACUCGGAAGGACUAGCAUGGGGAAGGUGCAUGCGUGUUAGGGUGGCAGUGAAUCUUCAUAAACCACUACUGAGAGGGAAGUGGUUAAUGUUCGAUAAGCAGAAACACUGGAUCUCCUUCAAAUAUGAAAGACUCCAGAAUUUUUGCUUUCACUGUGGUGUGCUGUAUCACAGAGGAAAGAGCUGCUCGAGACCACGGUUUGAGCAUCAAGGUGAAGAACAAACAGUGCAGCAAUAUGGAGCCUGGCUCAAAGCUCAUCCCAAGAACACAAAUAUCUUUGACAACCACAAAUAUGGUGGGUCAGACUCUCAAAAGCAGUUUCAAGGGGAUCGGCAGGGAGGAAGAUGGAGAGGUGAAGGUGGAGAACACGGCCUGAAGGAGCAGGUAGAGCAACAGGACCCUACAAGUGAACAGGAGAAUGCUACAGUCGACAAACUGAGAAGGAACACGCCAGACCUUGAUGGGCAUGGGUUGACAGAAGGGUAUGGGUUGACAACAGGAUGCUUGAGAAAGGAAACCAUAGACCCCCAAGAUAGCGUGAAUUUACAAAAAGGAUUAGAAGAAAGUCAAAGAAAAAUCCCAGAACAGCCCCUAGAACUGCAUGAGCGCAAGGUCCAAGUCAGAACCAAAUUGAGUGAUGCUCUACCAGGAAGGGUAGACAGCAAUGAGCCUGAGGCAACUGACAAGAGGAUAAAAGCUGGGAAAUGGAAAAGGAAAGCCCGAGGGGAACACAUCCAAACAGAAGGAAACUCAGGUGAGGCUCUUGCUGAUCUAACAAACUAUAACAUGAGAAAUGCAAGAAAGGAAGAUAGAGAAAGGAAGAGGCAUAGGAUCUUUAAUGAACACAACCCCAAAAGAACCAAGAAACUCGGAGAAACUAAUGAAAACCAUACCCCAAUGGCAGAGGCUGGAUCCCAACCCUGCCAAGAACAAUGA